UUAGAGCCAGGCGCUUGGAUCGGUUGGAUGCAUGCAGUACUGAUGUUAACGUGAAUUGGCGUGCGUGUGAAUUUUCGUGUGCUAGCGAACAUUUAUUCAGUCGUAUAAAACUGCACUAUGAGAUAUCAGUUUUGAACACAUUAGUGUAACAUUCAAGAUAUAUUUUAGUUAAACAGUGACAUAGUGUGAGUCUGUGUAGAAUUUUACAUGUAGCAGUGUGUCUAAAUACCGAGUCUAGCAAAUAUUUAAUCACGAUUAUAAUACUUUAAAAUGUUUAUUACAUACUGCUAGGAUUGUCCAAUUUUAUAAUUAACAAAUCUAACACGUAUUAUCUUAGAAAUGAACAUAACCUAAUAAUUAAUUCAAAUAGUGUUAUUUUUAUUUUCUUAUAUUGUGGUGUUAACUGAAGGCACUGUGAAAGUGUAUGGAACAUACAUGUUCGCCAGAAAGAACACAGAAUAUAAAUAAUUUGAUAAUAUUCGUGUGAAGCUAAAGAAAUUAUGGAUACUUAAUUAAGCGAAGACUCAGUUAAUACACGUCUCUUAUAAACAGUUGCAAAUCAAUCCAAACAGAGGCCAACAAUGAAAGAACGAAAAGCAUGCAGGAUGGACGAGCAUAAUUGUUCCUCAGAGCAGCUGGGGGACGCCUUCAUGCAGUGUGGAGACCUGCUGGACAUCCUCGCCCUGACGCAGGGUCUUCAAGAUGGUCCCCUUGAUAUAUACGAUAUGGCUGAGCGUUUAACAAACCUGUUGGGCCGCGGCGAGCCUUUGAUCACCAUGGCAACAAGUGACGAUGAAGACGAAGACGAAGAAGAAAAAGAAGACAAUGAGGCAAAUGAUCGGUGUGGAAGCAACAUGGAGGAGGACGAAUGGAUAUCAGGGGGUGACAACAGCGGUGAGAGGGACCAUCGUCUCCUGCUAGCAGGCUACUCCGAUUGCAUGACAGAAGCGUUGCGUUAUCUGGUAGAAGAAGAAAGGUAUUCCCCGGAACACCCGGUAGUUGAGGGACUGCGCACACAUCUCGCGCAACAACAAGACCGGGUACUGUUAGAAGCUGCGCGCGCACAUCAUCAUCAUAAUCAUCAUCGUCACGUGGUACAUUUGGACAAUUCUAGGCCCACAGUGAACAAUAAUAAUAAUAAUAGCAGUCAGGUGGUGGAAGUGCGCAAUCGCAUGGCGCUCCUGGCGGACACAUUGUGCAACAUUAGGCCGCCAGCUGUGUAAUUAGAUUAAGAGUCUCAACAGAGUACACCAGUUCAGUCGAUAUAUCGUUUCUUUGUAUCCGGUUUUCUUUGAGCUUAAUUAGAAAAUGCAGCAAUCUCUCGCCAACUUCAAGCACCGCGUUCGGCAGGACCAAAGCCUUAUGUGAAAUUGGAGUUAGGGGAACAGCGGCUGCUGUGAACUCUCCCCAAAGCCUACGUUGCCUGUUUCUGCACCAAACAUGGAUACGAAAAAAUGUUUGAAAAUAAAAAUUUAUUGAACUAAAGGCUUAUUAAAUUGUUAAAACAAAAAACGAAAUGAAGCUAGAAAACUGGUUUCGGAAGCCAUUACAGCCCCCCCCCCAAAUUUCAAUACCUUGAACGAAGCCACGGUUCCUUCCGUUUCUAAGUAAAGCAAAGUUGUCCCUGUGCUUAAUUAAUUAAACGUGUGGGAUGUGGAGGAACACGAAUAGCUACAACAUUCUUGACCUCGGCACUAGACGGAGGUGAAUGGUCAGCUUCACGCAGCGGCCUCUUUAAUCCCUGGGAAAUAGCCCAUGCUACCCUCUGGAUGCGAAGAUGGGUGAGCCCCAGAGCAUGUCUGCGCGCUAUGGAGAAGAGAAACCCGAUACAAAGAAAAAGGAGGGCCUGUAUUAAAUUUGUAUGGCAACCGCCGAUAUAUGAAACACGCAUUGGCAAGGGAUUGCUGAUGAUACAACACCUUGAACACGGACUGGCUUGUAACUGUAGGUAUCUGCAAUACCUGCUGUCUCUGAUAAAGCUCAUAAAGCAAGUAUUGGAAGAGAACAGGAGAAUCUAAUGAACUCAAGCCAUGUGAUGUACAGAAGAUACUGAACCCUUCAGAAUGACACAGAUAAUUUUAAUGAUGUGCCACUGGAACCAUAUAUAUUUAAAAAAAAAGUGUGUGAAUGACGUCACUGAUGAGUUAAAAACUCGGGUUUAAUGCACAAUGCAUUUAUUUAGUAGAAAACGUCCACUUGUAUUCAACAGAGUUGGAGAAUUUGUUUUAAAUUGUUCUUAGGUUGUUAUGCCGUGUGGUUGUUUAUGGUUGUGCCGCCAAUUCAGACGUAAAUGUUGCAUCCAUCUUUAGGAUCAAACUACUUAAGAUCAAAGUCUAAAAUGAAUGUUUUAAAAUGUGAAGCCAUGUUUCAGAGGUUGAACUAACUUCCAUCUUUCAUCUUCAUAUUGACAACAUUCAAAUAAUACAUAUAAUGUCCUCUUAAUCCUGUUGUUUUGCAUAUGCAUGAAACUGAUAGUCUAUUCAGCAUAAGGAACACAGUUUUAUUGUGUUUGAGAGCCAAGUGGUGGGCAGGAUAUUUGUAUUUAAGAAAUAUAACAAGAGAACUGAGAAAGUUACAUAACAAAGAAGAUACUAAAGGCUUCUGACAAUGGUGUGUAUCAUUCAGAAUUUCUAGGUUUUUGGACUUUGUCCAUCGUCCGGUAUUCUAGAAACUAGAGAACACAACGUUGAGGUCAGCUGUUUCUAUGGGACCCAACAGGGUGUGUGUCUCCAUCUCACCUGAGGACGGAAACAGAUGCAGUUUCCGAAACAUUAUGUUCUCUAGUUUUUAGAGUACUGGACGAUGGACACAGUCCAAAAAAACACAGUAAUUCUGAGUACAUUUCAAAGAGUUUCUUACUUUGUAGAUCCAGUCUUUACCUAAUUCCGUAAGGUCGUUGAAUAAAGACAUGUCUAGUGAACGGAUGUAUAAAUUGCAAGGGGAAAAUGGCAGAAGAAUUCGAAUUAUUUUGGGGAAAUCUGAAGUACUGAAGUUGCUGAAUAGACUCAGAUAUCUAUGAUUGGUUCUUUCUUGAUCGACUAAGUAAUUACCAACUUUUAUAUGCAGAUAUAUUUUCAUUGGAAUUGGUAAUUAUUAUUCUUUUACCUGUCUUUGCGCUGUUGACUGGACGAUCAGAUUACUCGUAUUUUUUUUUGCAAAGCCUCCUCCCUAUUACGCAUGCGUGGUCCAUCUCUAGUUAAUUAUAUUUCCCCCUCCUAGUUUUUUAUUUCGCCUACUAAGAACUGUUUUUCUGGACUUUAGUUUUUUAUAUUAUGUUAAUAAUACAAAAAGAAAACAUUUUCAAAUUGAGGUCAGCCAAUGAUUGCCUGUCAUUCUAUUUAAACCUGAUUGGAGCUAAAAUUGCGAAACUAUUCUGACUAUUCUUGGCCUGUGGUAAGUAUUCAGAUGCUUCACAAAUAUCAAGGACAUUUUCUUUAUUCUAUAAACCCAUAUUUUAAAUUAAGAUUCUCAAGUAAAUGGUAAGAUAAUGGUGACAUUUUAGGAUCAUUAAAAUUUUGCUUAAAAUAAGAAUGUGAUAAUGACAGUCAUCCUUAAUUGUAAGAAGUUUGGAAUAUUAUUUAGUUAGAACAAGGAUCUGUGAAAUCAUUAUCGACAGUUUUCAGAAAUGAUCUUAACAGUUCACGAGUAAUUUCAUGUAUAAUUUGAAAGAAAUUCAGUCUUUAAAUUGUUAGCGCAUGCGUAACACGUACCUCAGUGUUCAGUAACGUAGAAUAUUGAUAUUAGGUGCAUAUUAAGGGGUGCAGCCCGUUUUGCAGAAGACAACAUAUUCUAGAUACAACCAACCAUCCGAAUCUGUAACAAAAAUUAUACGUGUUUUCGUGUACUCGGAAACUAAGUUUUGAAGCUUACUUUAUGAGCUUCUUGCUAUAAAGUGCUAAGUAACUAUUUACUUACUACUCAGGAUUAUACUGUCUGCUAUUACCUAUCAUUUAAAAUUGACUUACUUUCCUUGUUCUAAAAUUAACCCAGUCCGUGUAUUUGUUAGGCGGUGUGGGGGACAAUAAGGGAGCCGGAAUAGUUCAGUCGGUAUAGCGACUGGCUAAGGGCUAGACGACUGAGGAGUCGGAGUUCGAGUCCCUGUAUGAUCAAUAAUUUUCUCUUCUCCACGUCGUCCAGACCGACUCUGGAGUUCACAUAAUCUCAUAUCCGAUGCGAAUCGGGGGCGCUUUCUCCUAGAAUAAAGAGGCCGGGGCGUGAAGCUAACUAUUUGCCUCAAACUAGUAUCGAGGUAAAGGAAAUGUGGAUCUAUACAUCCACUCCCCCCUAAGCUUAGUGCUUAAUCUGUUAAGCACAUGGACAAAAUUACCUUUAUGGGGGAUAAUAUUAAAAUGGACUAAAUGCAAUAGGAUGGGGACGAGGACUGGAUCCAUUUGUUGCGGGAUAGGGACCAGCGGGGCGCUCUUUUAAAGAAGGCAAAGAGCCUUCAGGUUCCAUAAAAAGCUGAAAUUUUACUGAAUUGCUUAGAAACUAUAGAAACUACUUGUUUCUCAAGGAGAACUCAUAUCUAUGGAAUUAGUUAACUUGUAAUCAUAAAUAUUCCAUUGGAUAUCAGCAGUGAACUGUGAUAAAACAACAUUUGUCUCAUCAAUGGUUCAUUAUUUCCCUUAUAUGAAACGUUAUUGAAUGGAAUUCUAUAUAAUUUGCAGUGAGAUUACACGAAUGCACAAAGCAAAAAUUUGUAAAUGAGUAGUCGACAUAUAUCGAAUAUCUAUCGAUACUGGUGAAAACUUUAUAUUCAUUCAACAACAGAAUUCUCUCCCACUUACAGCCUUAAAAGACGAAGGCCUUAAAAUGUUUACGUAAGAAAAGAUGAGUAAAUCUUUUUUACUAGUCCCAUUUUCAUUACGACUUUACAAAUAAACUCACUCUUAAUGUCAUUUUGUAAAUCUCUGUCAUUCUUUCUCCAUUUCUGUGGCACAUUCAUUCACUUUCACGAAAGAAUAAAACAGCUCUCAGAACAGAAGCAGUGGCAUUGAGCAAUGAGAAUGAUUUUCUGCCUCAUUUUUCAUCGUCAAAACAUGUCGUUCCUCUUUUUCUGCUCAGCCAUACUGGUAGAGUGGAGACGAAGUUGAUGCAAAUGUUAUUUCGUGUAAUAUACGAAAGUUAACUUGUGUGUUUUGAAAUAUUACCGCUUCUGUUGUGAAGGUUAAAUAAAUUGUAGUCACGAAAUAUAUUAUUUUGCUUCUCUCUGCCACGUUAAGGAAAUGUCAAAGUUAAACAGAAUAAAACCUCUUAUGUGUUUUGCUGCACACUUGUCUUUGUUUCAAGGACUCUUAGAUCGUGCGCGUCAUUUCCUUUUCAUUAUAAGAUGCCACUUUUCCGUAUAAAUCUAAUGCCCAUUGUACCAUGAGGAAUGCAUCAAACUGUGGAAAUAUUAUCUCCAUAUACGUCAGCUUGAAUAUUAUUCUACUGUAUUUCCAUUAUCAGUGGUAGUUUCUGAACAAAAAAUCAUUGCAUCGUUUUCUUUAGGCACUCUCUAUCGUCUAGACAAAGGAAGCUCUAUGACGUAGCAGAAACUGCCUCUCUUUCGAAAUAAGACAAUUUCCUCAUUCGAUGCAGCCUAUUAGGUGAAGCCAGCCUAAUCACCAGGCGCUGGAACAUGAUGAUAAUGACCCUGAUAUGGGGUCUCUGUGAUGUAGAAUGACAAACCUUUCUUUGGGACGUAGUUCUAGAAAUCAGAUCGUCGAGCAGUAAGACACGUGGUUCCAGGUUGAAAUAGUGACGAUACAACCAGGUUUUCUUGAUAGGUUUCAGAGGGAGGGAGGCGGGGAUAUGACCCUCCUCCCCCCUCCUUCCACCCCUCGCUACGCAGCCUGUACUUGAGAUCACUGCUUUCAAAAUACCAAAACUCGCCGUCGGAUUUGCUCUGGCCCAACUAAAAUUCUUCCCCUGAAUUUGGCUUCGAUUAUCUUAGGGAUACCGGAUUUUCCUUUUCAGAUUUCAUAACAGUUUUUUGGAACUAAUUACUUGUCUCAUGAUCAUAAAUACAAUUUGGAGUACCCACCGAGAUUACAGUAGCAUAACAUCGUAUUAUUUCAUCUUAUAUUUUAUUUCUUAAUUUAAUUGUAAAAAUGAAAAGUGCCAUUGAUUAAUAUAUAUUGAUGUUUCUUUGUAGUAUAAAUAUUUACAUAAAACACAUCUUGGAAUGGAAGGAUUUAUGAAUGGUUACAUGCAGUUACUAUAUUGUACAGGCAUGAAAUAAGAAAAUAUAAAAAAUCUAUGGUGUCAAUUGAUGAAAUUUAGGCGGAAAAAAAUAAUAAGGGAUGAGUCAUACGUAUGUACUACGAAUGCCUAUCGUAAUAGAAAUAAAUCUAUGGAUAGUAAAAAUAACACCCACCCUUACUUAAGGAAAAUAUUCCGCGCUAAGGGAAAGGAAGUGCUUUUUUCUUCUAUCAGUCGAUUUUUCGCUCAUGUUUUGGUUAGGAAUACACUGUACGGCUCUAUUUCCACCUACCUUACGUAGAAGUGUGUGUGUGUGUGUGUGUGUGUGUGUGUACUAAGGGUGGUUGUUUCGGUCACGAUGUUAAGAUUGACAAACGUUUGUAAAUAUUUUCCUACUCAUUUACUUUGUUAAACACAUGUAUCAUGAGACAGAAAUAGAUGGAGGAAAAUAACAUUGUGAAACGUAAAAAUAAAUAUUUACGAAU